AUGAUUCAUAUUCCCGGCAGGUCUUUCGAUCGCGUCCAGGGCAUCCCACGUGCUCUCCGGAGACAAUCAACCACGGAUGGAGAAGAUCCAAAUUCAGGCUCGCACGCUACCACCGUACUCCCAAAUCUCGCAUACAAUUUAACGUGGAUCCCAGCUGGAACGGUGACCGGCGGUCCGCAGAAAUACUUUGUCUCCGUUCUCGUUUCUUUCUCGGGUAUUAUCCAGCUCGCCUCUACCCUGCAUUCCCAGUACUUUAUCUCUAGCACCAAGAUCGUAGUGAACGUCGCGGGAAAGUUUCCGAUAACUUCAUCCGUAGAGCUGGACACAGGCUGGACAUCCGUAUUUGCUAGCCCACGCUCGGACGAGGAGAUGUCAGAUCGGUUUUUGGGCAGCAGGCUGCGUUUAGCAGCGAACUGGGUGGCUUCGAUAGGAGUUACGCAGGUCAGAAACCUUGCAUCACUAACCCCCAGAGCUGGCCAGUUACCGCGCCCUCGUUGUCCCGACCAGAGACCCAGAGUCGGCACGGCGCGAUCCAGUACGCAAAAUGCGAUGUCCGGCCAUGGCUUGCAAACCGUGUGUUUUUUGCCACCUGCAUCGGCGCCUGUAGUGGAAAUUGCAGUGGGAAAGACGUGUCAGAACACCCUUUCUAUUGAACUUUCCAUCAGCAGUACUUCACGGUCCGAACUCAGCGGGUGCAGCUUCGACCGGGAAGACCGUCGCGGACGUUCGCGAUGUGACGACGGCCCCGAACGUUUUCGCGGUUGCGCAUAUCGUAUUCUCCGUCUUCAUCAGAAUCAAAUGUUCCAAAUCGCUAUGCAGGUCAUUGCCGAUAGCUAG